AUGUUACCACAUCCACUCGAACAGCUGCGGGCAACUGAGAUCCACUGUGCUCGAGAUGUCAUUUUCAAGGUUAACCCAGGGGUCCUGAUCCAGUUUCGUUCGAUAUUCCUCGAAGAGCCGGCCAAAGCUUCUUUAACAAGCUUCCUGGCAGCGGAACAUGGAGGGACACUCACUUCUUCCACUCCACGACCACCACGAUUGGCCAACGUAUACUAUGAUACCAUCCACUCAGACAAGACGCAUAAGUAUUUUGAAGCCGUGGUUGACUUGGAUCUAAAGGAAGAGGUGUCCCGUCAGGCCUUUGAUAGUUCAAUGCAGCCCUCAUUCACACUACAUAAUUUUGUUCUUCAUUCGCAAAUGCAACGACCUAUGCUAACAUUAUCAAGGGAGGAAUUUUACUCAUUUAACGAGGCAUGCAUGACAUCCCCAUUGUUCCAGGAAGCUGUAUCCAAAUUCAAGUUACCAGAGGGAUUCGUCCUUGAGAUUGAUCCGUGGCCAUAUGGCGGGCUCGACCAUGGAGAGCCAGAUAUUCGUUACAUGCAGGGGCUUUGCUUCGCCAAGGACACUCGGAAUGGAAAUCCAAACUCCAAUCAUUACGGGUACCCAAUUCCUCUCAUCCCAGUAAUGGAUUUCCACAAACGAGAAAUCAUCAGGGUCGACAAGCUCGCAACGGGAGGGACCGGUGAUGGCCUAGCUUGCGACACUACCCCGACAAACGUAUUGGACCAUACUCGCCCGUCUGAAUAUGUCCCUGAACUUCUGGACGUAAAAUUACGAACGGACCUCAAACCGCUUAAUGUACUCCAGCCCGAAGGACCCUCCUUCCAAGUGAGCAAUGGCAGUUUGGUCGAAUGGCAGAAAUGGAGAUUUCGUGUUGGAUUCAACCCUCGAGAAGGCGCUACCAUUCACGAUAUCCAUUAUGAUGGGCGGAGCGUUCUAUAUCGCCUGAGUUUCUCUGAAAUGACGGUUCCCUAUGGGGACCCUCGGCCUCCAUUUCAUCGAAAGCAAGCCUUUGAUUUUGGCGAUGGUGGCGCUGGGCGGUCUGCUAACAAUCUGGCUUUGGGCUGUGAUUGCCUAGGUGUUAUCCAAUACUUGGACGGAUUUAACAUCGACGCGUCAGGUCAGCCUUCCGUGGCUAAGAACGUAGUCUGCGUCCACGAACAGGACAACGGCAUCGGAUGGAAGCACACUAACUUCCGUACCGACAGGGCUGUGGUUACCCGCUAUCGUGAACUUGUGGUGCAGUUCAUCAUCACUCUUGCCAACUACGAGUAUAUUUUCGCAUACAAAUUUGACCAAGCCGGAGGAAUUACUGUCGAAACCCGAGCGACUGGUAUUGUCUCAGUGAUUAACAUUGAUCACGGAAAAACCUCCCCGUGGGGUAAUGUAGUAUCUCCCGGCGCCUUGGCUCAGAACCAUCAGCACAUAUUCUGUCUUCGCAUUGACCCCGCGAUCAAUGGCUAUCGGAAUACAAUUUUCCGCGAAGAAUCUCUACCAAUGCCCAUGGAUAUCCAUACCAAUCCGUUCGGGAAUGGCUAUCAGGUAGUUACGCAGCCGGUAGCCACUUCCGGCGGAUUCGACGCUUCUCCAAGCACCAACUUAACAAUCAAAAUGUCCAAUACCAACGUUCUAAACCCCAUUUCCGGCCGCCCCGUCUCCUACAAAUUUACUCCCCCAGCUACACAGCUUCUGCUCGCGGACCCUCGAUCCACCGUCGCGCAGCGUGCCCAGUUCGCAAAACACCACGUCUGGGUGACGAGACACAGGGACGGCGAAUUCUUUGCCGGCGGCAAAUUCACCAAUCAGUCCCGGACCGAACGGGGCGGCGUUGGCGACGCUGCCGCCCGAAAUGAAAACACCCUUGACACCGACGUGGUGAUCUGGUCGGUCUUUGGGCUUAGUCACAAUCCUCGCGUGGAGGACUGGCCCGUGAUGCCAAUUGAGAAAAUGGAAGUGCACCUGCGACCUGCUGAUUUCUUUGAUCGUAACCCUGCGUUGGAUGUUCCUGGGACUAAAAACCCAACGAGCGUGCUUGUUGAUGGUAAGACUGACGAUUGCUGUGCUGCGGGUGGGAAGGUUCAGCGGGCACCUGAAUCACAUCGUCAGAGUUCGCAGGAUAUUCCUGUGAAGGAUAGUAAGCUGUAA